UUUCACGAAUGACCUUUAGUGUUUUCUGGACAGUAGGAACAUGGCUGCGAAAGAUGCGAAGCUGCUACAGUAUUUGCCAUUUGCAAGUGCUGUAGACAUAGGAUUUUGGCACAAGUUAACGAAAAAUAAGCUUGAACAUUAUAAAUUAGACGAUUCAGCUCAAAAGAUAACAGGAUCUUUCGUGAAUAAUGAUCCAAAUGGUUUGCCUUGUCGAAUUAACGUAGACUUCACUGCCUUCGACGUCGAAAAAGUCAGUCAUGUCCCAAGAUCUUUCAAGUGUCCUGGUUCAAUCUUCAUCAAGAACACUACAGAAGAGUUUAAGAAUUGUGACAAAAAAUUGUUAGUUAAAGAUGCAGCAAAUAAGAUUGUGUCAGAUAUUAAAUCUGGCGCUGUUGAAAAGAAUCCUGAGUUGCUGAACCGAUUUCUGGUUCUAACAUUUGCAGAUUUAAAGAAAUACCAUUUUUACUACUGGUUUGCAUUUCCAGCAGUAUCACUUAAAGAGAAUUUUGUGGUUGCUUCACAGAAAACUAUUACGGAAGCUUGUAACAAAGAAGAGUUGGCGUCAUUACAGACAUGCUAUGACUCAUUGAACCAAAUUUUAGGACAUGAUCCAUCUGUGUUUUUGCUAAAGAAAUCAAGCAAUGCAUUUUUAUCAGCACAACUUCAUGAAUGGGACAGUUUUUACCAGAAUGAUAGUGAAGUCACUAUUGGAUUUUCUGACCCAAGUACGUUAUCAGAACAUCCCGGCUGGCCUUUACGAAACCUACUGACAUAUGUGGCAUAUAAAAGAGGCAAAAAUAUAAAAAAACUAACAGUGAUAUGUUACAGAGAUCGUAUCCGUGAUGGUAGAAGGGAAAUCGAACACAGUUUAGUUAUAGAAUUUAAUGAAAUUCCUCAAAUUGACUUAAAUGAAGAUGAAACAGUUGCUAUUGGAUGGGAAAAGAACCAACGAGACAAGAUGGGCCCACGAAUGGUAAACUUAAGCUCUACUAUGGAUCCAGUGAAACUUGCUGAGUCUGCAGUUGACUUAAACCUAAAACUCAUGAGAUGGCGUUUGGUGCCGGAUUUAAAUCUAGAAAAGAUCAGUGCAACGAAAUGUUUAUUGUUAGGGUCUGGCACAUUGGGCUGCAACGUGGCCCGUUCACUUUUGGGGUGGGGUGUCCGAACAAUCACAUUUGUUGAUAACUCAAAAGUAUCCUACUCAAAUCCUGUUCGCCAAACUUUGUUUGCGUUUGAAGAUUGUUUAAAUGGAGGUAAACCAAAAGCUCAAGCUGCAGCAGACUCAUUAAAAAGAAUAUUUCCUGGCGUGAACUCGAGCGCUUACGAAUUAAGCAUUCCUAUGCCUGGACAUUCUGUCGUUGAAAAGGAUGAAGAAAGAAUAAAACGUGAUGUUGAGUUGCUUGAAAAGUUGAUCGAAGAACACGAUGCCAUCUUUUUGCUGAUGGACACUAGAGAAAGUAGAUGGUUGCCAACUGUUAUUGCUAACUCCAAAGAAAAGAUAUUAAUCAACGCUGCUCUUGGAUUCGAUACAUUCAUGAUCAUGAGACAUGGUUUUCGCACGAAAACGAAGCCAACUGAAUCCAGCAAUGAAACUCUUUCAUCGAAAAGCGUUCGAAUGUGUGGAAGUCAACUUGGUUGUUACUUUUGCAAUGAUGUAGUUGCGCCAGGAAAUUCUAUGCUUGAUCGCACAUUAGAUCAACAGUGCACUGUAUCAAGACCUGGUGUUUCCAUGAUGGCCAGUGCUUUAGCAGUCGAACUGCUGGUGUCCAUCUUACAGCAUCCACUUGGACCACUGGCACCAGCUGAAACAAGUGCCAAUGAAAAUCAUUUGACAGCUGAGUUUGAAACACCACUUGGAAUCAUACCUCACCAGUUGAGAUGUUUUUUAUCACGUUACCACACUGUGCUUCCAGCCACACUUGCGUUCGAUAAAUGCACUGGCUGUUCACCCUUGGUCAUCGAAGCCUAUGAGAGAGAAGGCUUCAAAUUUUUGAAACAAGCUUUUAAUAUACCCAAGUAUAUCGAAGAUAUGACAGGUCUAACAGAACUUCAUAAUUCUAUCGUAGACGCUGAUGUUGAGGAAUUAAGUGAUAGUGAUGAUGACAACGUUGACGUGACAACUGAUGACGUGUGAUGACGCAUGAUGACGCAUUUUUGUAAUAUAUUCGUUCUUCUUGAUAGAUAUGGGAAUUAAGUGACAUGGACGACGACGACGAUGAUCGGGAAUAAUUUGUUGUUUCAAUGGUGCUCAACUUGCUGCAUCCACCUGGCUGUGGGUAUCGUUGGAAUGCAUUGUACGAUGAACGCUAUUCCCACGUUAAAGAGAUAUUUUAAUACAUUUAAAAUUCGUUUAUACAUGAUCCUUUAUGAAUUCUAGGACUUUCUUACAGAAAAAAGACUAAGAAAGGAUUUGAAUAUAGAAAUUUGUAGUCCAUCGUUCGGAAGAUCUGUCUUAAAAAUAAGUGGUCGUUGUUUGAAUAACCGCCACAAAUAAGUUUUCCUGUUUAAUGUUCUUCUUUAAAAGAAUCUAAGUACCAAAGUUCUUCCAUUAAUUGUAUAAAAUAACAAUAGAAAUUUAAAGUUAUAGUGAAUUAUAAAUAUCAUUUUUUCUAUAUUUGUUAACAUUAGUACUCACACAGCCAUUUUAUUUAAUUUAUUCAAUUUUUUUUACGAGUUUUCGAAUUUUCUGCUAGCAUUGUUGUUUGCUAAUGUUGUUACUGUUAUAUUCGUCGUUGUACGAAAAAGGAGAUUGCCGAAAUCUUUAA